UUUUUCCUAAAAAAAUGGGAACUACAAACAAAUUUUCUUUCUUUUGUAGGGUCUAAUGUUACAAAAAAAAUCGUAGACCUUAUAGAUAAGUUAGAUAAGGAUAGUGUUGCGAUAAUGAAAGAAGACACUGAUCUUAGGAAAGAAUUAAGUGAUGUUGUAUCUUCUAUUAGUACGAAUUUAAGUGUCUGCAUCGCCAUAUCAAUGGCUGCAACUAAUCUAGCUAAGGGGCACAAAGAGUCUUCACAUUUUUAUUAUGCCUACUUGGCUCUGAUUUCUCUAGCCAUCAUUUUAAGUUUCUUAUAUUCGGCCGCUUAUAAGCGAGUUGAUCGUAAGGAAAUGGAGAAAAGAGGGAGAAAUAUUAAUCGUAGGAAGCUGUUAUUGCAAGAUAUGGCAAAGAUUAUUAGGUUGCAGUUACAACCACUAGGCACUACGGAACCACUGUAUUGGAAUUGCUUGGAAAGAGUAAAUCAUGUCAUUAGUACUCUAGACGAAACUGAGCAUAGGAAAUUGAAUGGGUGGUGGUAUUUGCCAUCUUGCAUGCCUCAAAUCAUUUUCAUCAUCUCUACUGCUGGUCUUGUGUGCUUGGCAUUGUCGUCAACAAAAGCCCCGAACGAAAGUACUUUGGCUCCGGCUCCAGCUCUGGCUCCGGCUCCGAGUGGAUGAACAUGAUGUGGUGUCAAGAUAUUACUAGGCUUUUGGUGUAUCAUCUAUGAGGGUACAAUGUUGAUCAGCCUCGAAAUCUUGCAAAAAAUGUGACAACUCAACGAUGAAUGAAACAGAGCU